AAAAUAAUAACCGCUCCCUGAACCGGUGUUGACAAAUUUGAUACUACGAAAACUAAUCCGAUCAUGUGGAGAACAACAAACAACAACACAUUAACAAUUAAGUAUACAUGACAAGGAAAUAGGAAGACCUUGACUCUUUCCAACAAUGAAUGUUGAGGAACAGCUAUCCUGCAUCAAAGAUCUCUGCAGACAGAAGAUACUGCAUGUGAUUCAGAGUUUAGAGAAUGCCCGCACUCUCAACAUUACUAUAGAGCUACAAGAGAUAUUAAGAUAUUUGUUACAGUUAUCCAGCUUAACUUGUAUAAGAAGCUGUAUAGUAUUUGUUCAAGAAGCUCUUCAGAUCCUAGAACAGUUACCAACAGAGAAUGAAAUUUCGGAAAUAGAAGUUUGUAAAAGACAAGGUAGAAAAUAUGAUAUCCCUGGUGAAACACUGCAGUAUCUAAUUGAAUCCGGACUGAGAGUAAAGGAAAUUUCAGAAUUACUAAAUGUGAGUAAGAGAACAGUUGAGAGAAGAAUGGAAGAGUUCAACCUGUCAAUCAGACAGACUUAUAGCAAUUUAUCUGACAAUGAUUUAAGGCAAGAGGUUGAAGAGCUCUGUUCCAGUUUUCCAAAUGUUGGGUACAGAACUAUUCAGAGUCUUCUUCUUUCACAAGGAUUGAAGGUACAGGAGUUAAGAGUAAGGCAGGCUGUAAGAGAGUGUGAUCCUUGUGGGGUUUUGUUUCGCAAAGUUUUCCUGACUUCAUGUAGAAUACAGAGAAGAACUUACUCUGUUAGUGGUCCUCAAGCCCUUUGGCAUAUUGAUGGAAACCACAAGUUAAUAAGAUGGCGACUUGUUAUACAUGGAGGAAUAGAUGGUUACUCCAGGUUCCCAGUAUAUCUGAAUGUCAGCAAUAAUAACAGAGCAGACACCGUUCUAUAUGCCUUUUUAGAGGCUGUACAGCAGUUUGGUUUGCCGAGAAGGGUCCGAUCUGACAAGGGUGGUGAAAAUGUCUUAGUGGCUGAGUACAUGGUUGAACACCAACCAAUAGUCAAUAGACCAUUUAUUGCAGGGAGGUCUGUUCAUAAUCAAAGGAUUGAAAGGUUGUGGAGAGAAGUGUGGGCUGGCGUCACAAGCUUGUACUAUGCCAUAUUCUACGGCCUAGAAAAUGAGGGUAUCCUGGAUCCCACCAGUGAGGUACACAUAAUGAUGCUACACCUCGUCUUUGUUCCACGGAUACAAACCCAUUUAAACCGAUUUGCAGAGGCACUGAGGCGGCGUCCACUUAGAACAGAGAACAACCGUACUCCUCUUCAACUGUGGAUGACUUCUAGACAUCCACCCACUAAUGAACAGGUCGAUACAGAUGUUUAUGGUAUAGACUACAACCCAGAGACAGUGUUAUUCCACCAGGAAUCAGUUGAAGUUCCAGCUACCAUGGAAAUAGGCGAUGAUCACAGACAGCGGAUACAAGAUAUUCUUCAAAAAGAUUCAAACAACUUAGGUGUUGAUAUUUACAAAGAAAUACUGGAAUUUUGGACUGUAAAUUGAUUUAAGUGCACUGUUUCUAAGGGGAAUUUAAUAUUCUCAAAGAAUGAUACGAUUCUGUCAAUAAUUAAAUGUAUAAAAAGAAAAUGAAACAUUUGGACACCUAACCCCUUUGUAUAUUUUGACUGAGUUUGAUGACUUUGGAAAUUGGUUAAAUUUGUAUUUGAGUUAAUGUCAUAAGGACAUCAGUCAACAUCACAGAGUUCAAGCCUAUAUUUUAUAGACAAAAUUUGCUUCAAGUGAUGGACUCAUAAAUGCAACCAUUAUUAUUAUGUAAAGAGAAAUAUGUUGGCUAUCAGAUUAUGCCAGUAAUAGUUCUGUAUCAGUUUUCAUGUAGUCAAAAUGUUCAAUUUACAAAAGGAAGGGGUCCAAAUUAUGAAACAGUUGAUGUUAUGUUUUUAAAGAAAUAAUUAAAGCAUUGCAAUAUUAAUCUUUUAUACUUACAGUUUCAACUAAAAACACUGUAUAUUGUCAUUCAUAAUAGAAAAUGCUUUUUUUAUGAAGAUAUUCGGGAAAAAAAUGACCGGUUAUUAUUAUACAUGUAUAUUUAUGCUCAACAUGAUUAUAAAUCCUAACACAUGUUUGUAGUGUUUUGAUAGAUUUGUGAGAGUAUUAAGCAUUUAAAUGCCUAUUGAACAGUAUUUAGUUAUUAAAGUGUUUAUCCAAGAGAACAAUGGAAAUACAGCAACAUUUUAAUUGUAAAGUUGCCUUUCAAAAUUAAUUAUCUAGUUUUUAAACAUGCAUAUUUUAUGCUUGCUUAUUAGCUGUGCUGAGCACAAAGUGCUCAAGGGUGAGCUAUUGUUGUCAGCUGUUGUCCAAUGUCAUGCAUCCAACAAAAAUUUAUUUCAAACGACAUCUACUUAAGCCACUCCAUCUAAAUCACAGGACCUUUGUUCUUCAAACUUUACAUAAAUGUUUCGUUGAUGGUA